AUGGGGCAAAAUAUGUUACGGCCUCAAGUGCUUUUCCUGUGCUCCAUUAUCCUCACAUUAUCUUUUACCCUUUUGCAACCAACGACUGCACAGGUCACUGCACCAUGGGAAGUUGAUGCUCUCAAGGCUAUUAGGGGCAGCUUGAUAGAUCCACACGGAAAUCUUAGCAGCUGGAACCGUGGAGAUCCAUGCAUGGGAAAUUGGUCCCAUGUUAUCUGUUACAAUGCAACAAGCAGCGAUGGAUACUACCAUGUACAGGAAUUACAGCUCCUACGUUUGAAUUUAUCUGGAACUUUGGCUCCUGAGCUUGGUCAGCUUUCUCAAAUGAAAAUUAUGGAUUUUAUGUGGAAUUCGAUCGGCGGGACCAUACCUAAGGAGGUUGGAAACAUCACUUCUCUGGAAUUAUUGCUCCUGAAUGGAAACCAAUUGAAUGGCUCUUUACCAGAGGAGAUUGGCUUCCUUCCUAAUCUGAAUCGGAUUCAGAUUGAUCAGAACUACAUAUCUGGACCCAUACCUAAAUCAUUUGCUAACCUGAAUAAAACCAAGCACUUCCACAUGAACAACAACUCAUUGAGCGGUCAAAUUCCACCUGAGUUAUCCAGAUUACCUUCACUUGUUCACCUAUUGUUGGAUAACAAUAACUUGUCAGGCUAUAUUCCUCCAGAACUAUCAAAGUUGCCAAAGGUGCUCAUCAUACAAUUGGACAAUAAUAAUUUCUCUGGAAGUACAAUUCCUUCAUCUUAUGGCAACAUCUCAACACUUCUGAAAUUGAGUUUGAGGAACUGCAGCUUGGAAGGAUCUGUUCCUGACGUCAGUGGAAUACCCCAACUUGGCUACUUGGAUCUUAGCUGGAAUCAGUUGAGAGGUGCAAUACCAGCCAGCCAAUUUGCGAGCAACAUAACUACAAUUGAUCUUUCCCACAAUUAUCUUAAUGGUUCCAUUCCAGGAAUUUUCUCUGGCCUUCCUAAUCUCCAAAGAUUGUCACUUGACUACAACAACUUGACUGGUUCUGUUCCAUCUAAUAUCUGGCAAAAUAUUGAUCUAAGUGGAAAUAGAAGUCUUAUACUGGAUUUCCAGAACAAUUCUCUCAACAAUCUGUCAACUCCUCUUUCACCACCUGCCAACGUUACGAUCCUAUUACAUGGAAACCCAGUUUGUGCCGCGCAAAACCAACUGAAUAUUUCUCAGUAUUGUCAAUCAGCAACAGUUGUUGUACCUGAACCUGGAGGUUCCGCAGAUAACAGUACACUUUGUCUACCAUGCGACCUUCCUUUCGAAAGAAUACCAUUGUCACCAAUACCAUGCAUAUGUGCUGUUCCAGUUUAUGUGGAUUACCGGCUUAAGAGUCCUGGGUUCUGGAAUUUCAUUCCAUAUGAAUCCCAAUUCCAACAGUACUUAUCAUCUGGGCUUUCAUUGUCAUUAUACCAAUUAGAAGUUUCUACUUUCAUAUGGGAAGAAGGCCCAAGGCUGAGGAUGGACCUGAAACUAUUUCCAAAUAACACUCCCUAUUUCAAUGCAAAUGAGGUGUUGAGGCUUAAUGGUAUGUUCACAGGUUGGCAGAUUCCAGACUCUGAUAUAUUUGGUCCCUAUGAACUUCUCAGCUUCAACCGAGGGUGGUACAACGCCAUAUUACCACAGGGUGGGAAGUCUGGUCUGAGUACAGGUGCCAUUGUUGGGGUAGUCAUGGCAGCAUUUGCUGCAGCUGCCAUUCUUUCAUCCCUCGUUACUAUCAUUAUAUUGCGGAGACAUUCAAGACAUUCUUCUUCAAAGAAACGCUCUGCGAAAAGAAUUUCAAUGAAAAUUGCUGGUGUAAAAGACUUCACUUUUGAUGAAUUGUCACAUUGUACACAUGACUUCAAUGAUUCAACACUAAUUGGCCAAGGAGGGUAUGGCAAGGUAUACAGAGGUGUGUUGGCUGAUGGAACAGUAGUAGCAAUAAAGCGAGCACAGCAAGGGUCUCUUCAGGGUUCAAAGGAAUUCUUCACAGAGAUAGAAUUGCUAUCGAGGCUGCAUCACCGUAAUCUAGUCUCUUUGCUUGGUUAUUGUGAUGAAGAAGAUGAACAGAUGCUGGUAUAUGAGUAUAUGCCCAAUGGAAAUCUACGUGAUCAUCUUUCAGCUAGAGCUAAGGUGCCUCUAGAUUUCCCCAUGAGGCUACGGAUCGCGCUGGGAUCAUCACGUGGUAUCCUGUAUUUGCACACAGAAGCAGAUCCUCCAAUAUAUCAUCGUGACAUCAAAGCUAGCAAUAUUCUACUGGACUCGAAGUUUGUUGCAAAAGUUGCUGAUUUUGGUCUCUCACGUCUGGCUCCGCUACCAGAAACAGAGGGGAGUGCCCCUGGUCAUGUCUCCACUGUCGUCAAAGGCACCCCGGGUUAUCUUGACCCAGAGUAUUUCCUCACUCAUAAGCUCACGGACAAGAGCGACGUGUACAGCCUCGGUGUUGUGUUUUUGGAACUGCUGACUGGGAUGCAGCCAAUUUCUCAUGGAAGAAAUAUAGUCAGAGAGGUUUUGGCAGCCAAUCAGUCAGGGAUGAUAUUCUCGGUGGUUGAUAACCGGAUGGGCUCAUACCCUGCUGAGUGCGUGGAGAAGUUUGCUGCGCUGGCGCUGCGGUGUUGCCAGGACGAGACAGACUCGAGGCCAUCCAUGGUGGAAGUGGUUCGGGAGCUAGAGACGAUAUGGCGCAUGACGCCAGGGACAGAGAACAUAGCAUCUUCAGAGUCUGGCGUCCUUGGGAUGGGCUCGAGCAGCAGCAAUACCACCAGCACACCCACAGCGUCGGGUUCGCGGAUGGCUUCUUCGGAUGAUCACUACAUUUCGUCCAUGGAGGUCUCCGGUAGCAACCUGCUUAGCAGCGUUAUGCCCAGCAUCAAUCCGCGCUGA